CCCGAGCAGUGACACCAUUGGGGAGGGAGGGGGAGAGGCAGCAGUGAGUGCAGAGAGGCGCUGCUGUCAGACUCUUACUUUGCUCGGCUCCUUCCAUUGACAUCGGUGUGUGGUGGGCACUGUGAUCCUUCGUUAUUGUUGCCACUUUUGCAGUGUGAUCGUGAUUGCACGGGUGGGAUCGGUGAUAUUUGUAGUAGGGAGAAGAAGAGCCUGGCCCCCGGGUGGCUCGGGUUCCCGAUGCCGAGGAGAUGGACGCUCAGAAGAUGCUAGAGAAGAAGAAGCCGGGGCUAUAUGGGAUGGAGAGAGAGAGCGGACCGGCCCUGUCCGCCAGGCAGCACUGCGAACUCAUCCAGAAUAUGAUCGACAUCUCCAUGUCCAACCUGCGGGGACUCCGCACACAGUGCGCCGCCUCCAAUGACCUCGCUCAGCAGGAGAUCCGGACCCUGGAGGCGAAAUUGAUGAACUACAUCAGCAAACAGCUUCAGUGCAAACUUAAUGUGCCUAAGACUGAAAGAACAGAGAUGCUGAAUGGCUAUCCUAGAGUCAGUGAUUGGCUGCACACAGUUGGAGUAAGAAGCGACAUUGUGCAGAAAAUACCUGAAGUAUUAACACUAGAUGCCUUACUGGAGAUGAAUGAGUUAAAAGUGAAAGAGACCAUGAAGAGAUAUGGAGCAAGCACAGAAGAGUGUUCUAGGCUAAAUGGGGCUCUUACCUGUUUAAAGAAGCUAGCCUGGUCAGGUGGUGAUAUGAAGGAAACAUUAUGGAAUCCUCAUGAACACCGCAAGGAAAGUUCUUCACAAGUUCCUUCUGACCUCUCAUCACCGGUGGGGGCAGUUUGGAUUUUAAACACUCCAUUUCCAAAGGCCAACAGCCAUCAGCCUCGCUCAAUAUCGGUGUCUGCCAUCCCCAUUUCUGAACCCCAUGGACCUUAUAUUUGUCCUGAGAACUUCCAGGAUCCUUUCUCCUCUUCCACACCAAGCAAUAGGCUAACAUUGAGGACUCCUCAUGGAAUUACAAUAACUCCACCCACCACACCCAUGUCAAAGAGGCAAAUGAAGUUAAAGCCUCCUCGGACACCACCUCCACCUAGCCGCAAAGUCUUUCAGCAGCUGCUCCCUAAUUUUUCAACACUUAAAAGAAGCAAAUCACAUGAAUCCCAGCUUGGAAACAGAAUAGAUGAAGUUCCUUCUUUAAAGUAUGAUGCUCCUCAAGGAUCACCACAGAUGGUACGGCGAGAUAUAGGGCUUUCAGUAACGCACAGAUUUUCUACAAAAUCUUGGUUAUCUCAAAUAUGUCACGUUUGUCAAAAAAGUAUGAUGUUUGGAGUGAAAUGUAAGCACUGCAGGUUAAAAUGCCAUAACAAAUGUACAAAAGAAGCACCUCCUUGUAGAAUAUCAUUUCUUCCUUUACCAAAAAUAAGAAGAACGGAAUCUGUCCCAUCAGAUAUUAACAACCAGGUGGACAGACCGCCAGAACCACUAUUUGGAACUCUUCCCAAAGCUCUCACUAAAAAGGAACACCCUCCAGCAAUAAACCACCUGGAUUCAAGCAGCAAUCCAUCUUCAACUACGUCUUCUACACCUUCUUCUCCAGCACCUUUUCAGACCUCAAAUCCUCCCAGUGCAAUCACACCACCAAACCCUUCUCCCAUGGGGCUCAAAGACAGCCGCUUCAAUUUUCCAGCUGCCUACUACAUUCAGCAUAGACAACAGUUUAUCUUCCCAGAAAUACUGACUCCACCCCCAAUAACACAACCACCUGAGUCUCCUGAAAAUUUAAGUGCUGAAGCUGAAAUGGAAACCGAUGUAGCAGAAGAGCAAGAAACUGAGGUUGAGGAGCAAGAAGCCAACAAAUCUGAGCCAGAGUAUGAUGAUGAUGAAGUGGAUGAGCUCCCGUCAUCAAGGUCCACCAGUGGUACAUUCAGAGGAAUGAUCUUCCGCAAAGCGAGCCAGACUAGUGUAUACUUGCAGGAAUGGGACAUACCCUUCGAACAAAUUGAACUUGAAGAACUUAUUGGUCAGGGAAGGUGGGGAAAAGUAUACAAAGGCAAGUGGCAUGGGGAGGUAGCUAUCCGGAUGUUGGAAAUAGAUGGAAAUAACCAAGAUCACCUUAAAUUGUUCAAAAAGGAGGUAAUGAACUACAGGCAGACAAGGCAUGAAAAUGUGGUGCUCUUCAUGGGGGCCUGCAUGCACCCGCCACACUUGGCCAUUAUCACUAGUUAUUGCAAAGGGAGAACACUGCAUGCAUUUGUAAGAGAUCCCAAGACCUCCCUGGAUAUCAACAAAACACGACAAAUUGCACAAGAAAUCAUCAAGGGUAUGGGCUACCUGCAUGCCAAAGGCAUCGUCCACAAAGAUUUGAAAUCCAAGAAUGUUUUCUAUGAAAAUGGAAAAGUAAUAAUCACAGACUUUGGCCUGUUUGGCAUUUCAGGAGUAGUGCAAGAAGGAAGACGUGAGAACGAGUUGAAGUUGAGCCAUGAUUGGCUGUGCUUCCUGGCCCCAGAAAUAGUACGUGAGAUGGCUCCUGGGAAGGACGAAGAUAAGUUUCCAUUUUCCAAAGCUGCUGACGUUUAUGCUUUUGGAACUGUGUGGUAUGAACUUCAGGCUCGAGAUUGGCCUUUCAAAAAUCAAGCAGUUGAGGCUCUUAUAUGGCAAGUUGGAAGUGGUGAAGGUGUAAAGCAGCUAUUGUCCACUAUAAGUCUGGGCAAAGAGGUUACUGAGAUUCUGGCCGCAUGCUGGGCUUUUGAUGUCAAUGAAAGACCAAGCUUUACCCUUCUUAUGGACAUGCUGGAAAAGCUGCCAAAACUAAACCGGAGGUUGUCACAUCCUGGUCACUUCUGGAAAUCUGCAGAACAAUGGCACAACUUUUACAAAAAGGACCAAUUCUACCAGCAUGAUGUUCACAUUCACUGCCCAGUAGCUAACAAAUAAAUUGUCUGGUUCAUUCCAUGUUAAACCAGCAUUCCGCAUUGUACUGAAAUAAUCCACUUGCUUAGUCCUAGGUAAAUUACCUUUCUGUAAUGGAAAUUAGAAAUGAAUCAGGGUCAUAUCUUACUGGCAUACUGAGUUUUCGUUUGAAAAAUGUACAUACAUGUUGAAGAAACAGGCAAGAUCCAUUACAGGAUACCAACACCAAAAGUGUAUUCUACUUUGUACCAUUUAGUAAAGAGAAUAGCUGCCAGAAGUAACCUUGAAUUUCGGCAGCUUAUUAUUCAUAUGAUGUGUAUUCAUCAUAACUGUAUAAUUGCAAAACAGCCCCAGAGUCUCUGAGAGACAAGUGUGCGGAAUGUGUAUUUAUCUUUAAGUUGACCAGGCAAUAUACAUUCAUGUGUAAAUAAAGGGCACAGUUCAUACCCAAGGAAUUCCUAAUUUUGCUAAAUUGCUAUGGGUUCAUUGUAGCACUCAAAAAAACACAGGGUCUGUAAAUCUUCAGUACCGAACAACCAGGAUAGGAUGCUUAAAGUGUCUGUAAACCAAAAACACAGAUAUGUACCACUGGUUCCCAAUAAUAACUUUAUUUUUAUUUUUUUAAUUGGGUAAUUUUUAUUAACCAGAUUUAAAAAAAAAAA